GUAGUUAACACGUGAGGUUUGCUGGGUUUGCUUUGCAACUCUGUAGGAUUUUUUGCUGGAUAAUUCAUAGUCAAAAUGGUCCGAAAACUUAAAUUUCACGAGCAAAAGCUGCUCAAAAAAGUUGAUUUCAUCAGUUGGGAAGAAACGAACAAUGUGCACGAGGCGAAAAUUAUGAAACGCUUCCAUAUUCAAAAGAGGGACGAGUACGCAACAUACAAAAAGCUGUCACGAGAAACGCGAGAGCUGGUGCGGAAAAUCCAAGAGCUGGAGCAGAAUGAUCCGUUCCGGAUUGAAAGUAGCAGCCAGGUCCUGGAAAAGCUGCACAUGCUUGGUUUGAUUCACACAAGAGACAGUCUUGAACAUUGCAACAAGGUCACAGCGUCGUCUUUCUGCAAAAGACGCCUGCCUGUCGUGAUGGUCAAGUCGAAGAUGGCGGAGAACCUCAAAUUGGCCACCAAGCUGGUGCAGCAGGGCCAUGUCAGGGUCGGAACUGAGGUCGUCAAAGACCCUGCCUUCUUAGUCUCUAAGAACUUGGAAGAUUUUGUGACCUGGGUUGAUACAUCAGCAAUUCGUAAACACGUCAUGGAAUACAACGGAAUGAGAGAUGACUUUGAUUUAUAUGGCUGAAACUGCAGUGUAUUUCGAAAGGACGCGUUAUUUUGUGAAAGUGGUAAAGUUAAAUUCUGUGAAUAAUUCAAGAAGGUUAUUAACUGCCAAAUCAAUAAAUGUUUCUCUUAAUAAUUGAAAGAAAAACUUGGU